AUGCCAAAGGGGUAUGUAGGUGGCAUGUCUGAGCCCGAAUGGACUUUCAGGCUGGAGCGAAUGCUGCAAGCCACCGCAGAUGGGACCAGAGUGACGAAGUUGGGUGGGAAGUGUGAAAAUGUCGCAUUCUGGGAAACCUACGUCGGAGCUAGGGUUAGAGGACCGACAGAUCGGUUGAGACUGAGCUUUGGUGAUGAAGAUUCCUGUGUUAAUGUUAACAAGCCGGAUUUUCGAGAACUUGAUCUGGGCUCGCCUGUUUCGACGCUGAGGACUCGUCAGGCUGGGCUCACUGCGACCGCCACGAGCAGCAGUUCCAGCUCCUCCGGAUCGGUUUCGAGAAAAACUUCCGGCGGGCCCAGUCCGACUCUCUCGAAGAGACCGAUUCCCAAAAAAAACCAUUCCGGCGAGCUUUUGGGCUGUUCCGUGGAGAGUUCCCUGUCGACGGUCCGUCACUUCAAACCUGGUCAUACCCAGUCCUAUUCUGGAGGUACACUCCCACUAAUUCACUCCGGUGGUGGAGGCUCAGUCAAUUCUCCGUCGGUCAAUGUUCUUCCAACCAGGAAUAUUUGUCCGUCCGGCAGGAUUUUGGCAUGGGGAGCCGGUCCACUAAAAUCGAUGUUUUGGGUUUAG